AUGAUACUUUUUUGUCUUUUCGCUUUUAACGACCGGUUUCCAAGUCACUUGUUCGCGCCUUUUCAUGUCCAAGAAUUAUGUCGAUCCGAGUUGGCGAUUUUCCCUUUCAAAUAUGUUCUUAUUUUUAUUUUUAUUUUUCCCCUGCCUUAUGAAUCCGAAUGCAAGUGCUAUGAACUCGGAAGGAAAUUAUGGACAAGCAGCUCUCCAGGGAAUUACCCAGUAGUAUCCGCUCUACGUUACCGGUACCACCUUCUAUCUUGAUACCCCUUACAUUUUCAAGUUUAUCUCGUAACUAUUAAGGGUGAAGUUCACUCCGAUACUCGAGUAGUGCUCGACGUUCUACUGAGUAUCCCAUUCGAGCGGGUAAUCGUAGGGAUACCACUACCGUCCACCAACACAGGAGAGCAGGGACCCGGAGACAAAGUAAUUUGUCGUUGGCCGGACGACCUUAUCCAAACCAUUAAAUUUUUAGUGCCAAUACUUCGACCCUGAAGAGAAAAAAACAUGAGAAUCUGCGGCCGCUUGAGAAUGCAAAACUACUGUGCUCGAGUACAAGUACCAGGGUGGGGCUGGUAACUUGCCCCACCUUCCACCACCACCAACCCCCCUCCAUUGGCCAAAAAAAAAAAAAGUGCACAAAUUGCGGCUCUGUGAGAGAGUCCAGCAUUCCAAUCGGGUAGUUGGCGCACGGUGCUCCGGGAGAAAACGGUGAGGGCUCAGUCCGCUGCAGUCAUACCGCAUGAGUCAACCUGUCUAUGAGAUGUUGUGAUGUCCCACCUCAUCCAGAGAGCCGAUUGACUGACUCGCUGAGACCGGAGGGGGGGUGGGUGGGAUGGAAAUAGAACGUGAAAAGUGAAGCUCGAAUACCGUGGAGUAUUGACAUUUGACUUAUUAUGCUUAUUACGUUUUACUGUGAGUUUUACGGGAGGGUGGCCGGGGAGAGAAGAAGAGGGUUGCGCUUUUUUUGUCGUGACCAUUCACCCUAGGAAUCGGUAUGGUACCGUACAAUACCAUACAAGUCUGUACGGUACUUUUGCCUGUCACCUUUUCUUCCUUCCAUUCUGUACAGUACUAGUAGAAUAAGAAAGUUUAUCGGGGAGACGCUCCGUCGGGUGUGGGUAGGUACUCGUAGUUUCUCAUGCAUCUAAAUAUGCUCGAAUUCAUGGUUCGUCAUAUUGGGUUUUUUUUUUUUUAAUUUUUUUAAUUUUUAUUGUAGAUUGCACGGCGGUUUGUGCUGAGGCACAGGCACUUCCAUUUUUGUCCAACUUGGGUAUCAUCGGUGUGGGAAAAACUUAGACUAUGAUUAAUUUAAAUUUACCGGUUUGCCCAUCAGCUGAAUUGCUGAUGUCGCGUUAGA